AUGAACGUCAAGGUCAACGAUGUGAGCGUCACCGUGCCGCUGUCGCGUACUUUGCUUCAGCAUGUGAGCCUGUCAGUGCAAGCGGGUGAGAUGGUGGCCCUCAUGGGUCCAUCUGGAGCUGGCAAGACAACGCUGCUAAACUGCUUGGUAGGGCGCUGUGCCGGCACCAUUGAAGGGGACAUCAGCUACAAUGGGAAGCCUUUCAAAGAGAUGCGCAAUUCCGUAGGCUACGUCACCCAGGAGGACACCAUGUAUGAGACACUCACUCCCCGUGAGAAUCUGACAUUUGCAGCGGGCUUGAUUCUCUCGCAGCUAGGUGCGGAGGAGCGACAAUCGGCGGUGGAGGAGGUGAUAAUCAAGUUGAACCUACAGAAAUGCGCAGACACUGUGGUGGGAUCGCCAGGUCUUGUGCGAGGUAUCUCAGGUGGAGAACGCAAGCGCACCAACGUGGCCUUGUCUCUUCUGGGCAGGCCCUCUCUUCUCCUCUUGGAUGAGCCUACAAGUGGUCUUGAUAGCAAGAUGUCGGACUCACUGGUCCGGGAUCUGAAGGAGGUGGCGCUUGAAGGCUGCACUGUAAUCACUACAAUUCAUCAGCCUUCCGAAGUGGUAUUCAAUCGCUUCGACAAAGUACUCCUUCUCCUUACUGGACAGCUUGCAUACUAUGGUCCCAUCGCAGGUUUGCGUGCCUCAUUGCACGAUUUGGGCUUUCAAUGCCCGGACGGGGUACCCGUGCCCGAGCUGCUGCUGGAUGCUUUGGAGAAGCCAGACUCAACCGAGGAACAACAGCAACACCGGACAAGGCUUCAUCAACUGCGCCAGCUGACUCAAAGGGAUGCAGCUGAGUCUCGCACGACGGCAAUCUCAGCUAAUGAGGGCUCCCUGAAACCAUCCAGGGCUGGCGCAGGACAGCAACUGAAAGUUCUGCUCCAGAGGGAGCUGGUGAACUUAAGGCGUAGUAAAGUACUCACAAUUGUCAGAGCCGUGCAGUCCAUUGGGGCAUCUGCGCUUGUUGGGCUCAUUUUUCUGCAGCUGGAGCGCAACAUGUCUGGAAUUCAAACUCGGCUGUUCUCCAGUUUCCUCCUGGUUUUCACUCAGUUCAUGUUUGCCAUGCUGGGCGUUGUGAAUGCUUUCCCCGCAGAGAGAGCCGUCUUCCUACGUGAAAGCCAGGAUGGACUCUACCAUCCUGCGGCCUUUUACCUGGCAAAGGCCGUGCUUGAUACUGUCAUGCAGUGCCUCUUCCCCAUACUCGUUGUGGCAAUCAGCUACCCGAUGGUUGGCUUGAAUGCUGAAUCGAUGGACCGCGUCCUUCUCUUCUACGCAAUCAUUUGCAUCGUGUCCAACUGCGGUUCAGCAGUUGGCUUCAUGGUGUCAGCUGCGGUCCCCACGGUCAGUCUGGCAUUGUCCAUAGCACCUGGGCUUGUGAUGCCGCAGAUGCUGUUGUCUGGGAUCUUCAUCAAGGUGGAUGAGUUGCCGCAGCCAUUUAAUGCCCUGAGCUACCUCAUGGUUGCGAGGUAUGCGGUUCAAGCAACCGUGACAAACGAAUUCACUUGUGAAGAGAAAUCGACAUGUGAUCGGCUAGUGUGGCAACAGCAAUCAGGUGACAGCUGUGACACGUCUCCCUGUGACUUCUGCUGCACCGGUCAUGAAGUGCAAGGAGCUGGUGGGAUUUGCCCCGUGCUCACAUGUGCCGACGCGCACACCUUCCUGGGCAUGAAUGAAGCAUGGCCAUUGGGUAACGACAAUCAUGAGACCAUCCUGUACAACAUCAUGGCAUCGCUCGCUUUGUUGCUAUUCUUCCGGCUGCAAGGGCUAAACAUUCUGCUGAUGAGUCAUCGUCGCGCCACUGUUGGACGGUAUCUGCCAUGCAAUUGUGUGCCACAGGGCAAGGGCGUCAAGAAAGAUACGGAAUAA